AUGCUGUCAGCGGGGUUCGAGCUGCUGUUGCUCGGCGUGUGCUGCCUCUGGUGCCCGGCACAGGGGAGUGAAGAGGCGGAGUACGUGACGUGCGGCUCGGUGGUGAAGCUGCUCAAUACUCGGCACAAUGUGCGGCUCCACUCCCAUGAUGUCAAGUAUGGCUCAGGAAGUGGCCAACAGUCUGUCACCGGUGUGGAGGCAUCAGAUGACGCUAACAGUUACUGGAGGAUAAGGGGAAAGGUAAAUGAUGAUUGCCGCCGUGGAGAGCCAAUAAAGUGUGGCCAAACCAUUCGCCUUACCCAUGUGAAUACUGGGAAGAACCUGCACUCACACCAUUUCUCAUCCCCGCUCUCAAACAACCAGGAAGUAAGUGCCUUUGGAGAGAAUGGGGAAGGAGAUGACUUAGACACUUGGACAGUGCAGUGCAGUGACAGCGCUUGGGAACGUGAGGACACAGUGCGUUUCAAGCAUGUUGGAACCAGCGUGUACCUGACCAUUACAGGUGAACAGUACAGUCAUCCAAUCAAAGGACAGAGAGAAGUGCAUGGCAUGACAAGUGCCAAUGCUCACAACUACUGGAAAGUGAUGGAAGGCGUAUUCAUAAAACCAAGCCUCCCUCCAGGUACAGCCAGGCACGAUGAACUAUAA